GACCGUCGCUGCAAUUUGCAGCUUUGUUUGGUUAUAAGGAGUCGACAAAAAUAUUCAGUGGACAUCCGCGGGAUGAUAAGUACGAUUUUUGCCUUUUCUUCAAUCUAAAUGAAUACCAUGAUGAUUCAUAAACUAGCCGCUCCACAAGGGUUUGGCUUUGCCGUUUUCUUUGUUCUGCUGCACUGCGCGCACGGAGACUUGACCUAUUCCGUAGCGGAGGAGCUGAAGCCCGGAUCUGUUAUUGGAAAUGUCGCCAAGGAUCUUGGACUACAGUUGGAGAGACUUUCUGCUCGUAAACCUCGUGUGGACAUGGAGAAAAGCGUAACACAGUAUUGUGGAAUUAACCAGAAAAACGGAGAUUUGUUCGUUUCUGGCAGAAUAGAUCGCGAGGAGCACUGCGGGGAAAAGCCGACGUGCGUUCUGAAAUUCGACCUGCUGCUAGAAAAUCCUCUGGAGCUGCACCGCUUAGCCUUGCAGAUCCAAGAUGUUAAUGACAACGCCCCGAUAUUCCAAAAAGACAAUGUGAAGCUGGAAAUUAGAGAAUCAGCUGACAAAGGAGCUCGGUAUCGCAUUGUUGCGGCGCAUGAUGCAGAUAUAGGCCUGAACGCAGUUCAGAGCUACAUCCUGCAGGAAAACCCUCAUUUUGUAUUUAAUAUCCAAACCACAAAUGCUGGUAAUAAAUACGGAGAACUUGUCUUGAAUAAAGAAUUAGACCGAGAGGAGCAGCAGGAGCUGAAAUUAUUGCUGACAGCUGUAGAUGGUGGUUCUCCUCAGAGAUCAGGGACUGUAGUCAUUCAUGUGACAGUACUUGAUGCUAAUGAUAACGCUCCUGUGUUUACUGAGUCUGUUUAUACAGCGAGUUUACAGGAAAACUCUCCUGUACACACUCCAGUUAUCAGAGUGAGCGCAUCAGAUGCAGAUGAGGGAAUAAAUGGAGAGAUAACUUAUGAAUUCAGCCGAUUGUCUGAAAAAUCAAAGAAGCUUUUUUCACUUGAUGAGAAAACUGGAGAGAUUGUUGUGACAGGUGACAUUGAUUAUGAGGAGGGUUCAAAAUAUGAACUGAUGGUUGUAGCUAAGGAUGGAUAUGGUCUUUCAUCUGAAGCAAAAGUGAUUAUUGACAUUACUGAUGUAAAUGAUAACGCUCCAGAUAUUAUUGUCAACUCUCUGUCCAGCUCCAUCCCAGAGAACGCCCCUCCUGGUACAGAGGUGGGCAUCAUUAACGUGCAGGACAGAGACUCUGACAAGAAC